GUGGCCCGGGAGGCCGGCGCAGGCGCGCUCGACGGGGGCGCGCCAUGGCAGGUGUCUGGGAGAGUCGGCUGCAGGUUAUGGGGCAGCAGGUGCUGGUGUUGAUCGUACUUUGCGUGACGGGAGCCCGGGGCCUCUACUUCCACAUUGGCGAGACUGAGAAGCGCUGCUUCAUUGAGGAAAUCCCCGACGAGACCAUGGUCAUCGGGAACUACCGCACCCAGAUGUGGGAUAAGCAGAAGGAAGUCUUCCUGCCCUCGACCCCUGGUUUGGGCAUGCACGUGGAGGUGAAAGACCCCGAAGGCAAGGUGGUGCUGUCCCGGCAGUAUGGCUCCGAGGGUCGCUUCACCUUCACUUCGCACACUCCUGGUGACCAUCAGAUAUGCCUGCACUCCAACUCUACCAGGAUGGCUCUCUUUGCUGGUGGCAGAUUGCGUGUUCACCUAGACAUCCAGGUUGGGGAACAUGCCAACAACUAUCCUGAGAUUGCUGCUAAGGAUAAACUGACAGAACUGCAACUCCGAGCCCGCCAGUUGCUUGAUCAGGUGGAACAGAUCCAGAAGGAGCAGGAUUACCAAAGGUAUCGUGAAGAGCGCUUCCGUCUGACCAGCGAGAGUACCAACCAGAGGGUCCUGUGGUGGUCCAUUGCUCAGACUGUCAUCCUCAUCGUCACUGGCAUCUGGCAGAUGCGUCACCUCAAGAGCUUCUUUGAGGCCAAGAAGCUGGUGUAGUGUCCUCUCUGUGUGACCCUUCCUUUUCACCUCAGUUGUUUGGUACUUUUCCCACCCAAUACUCUAGCCAUCUGGAUUUCAAGGGGAGAAAAAUGAGAAAAAAAUUUAGGCCUCAUUGGUUCCAUGGCAACAAAACAUUCAGAUCAGUCGCUUGUUCACACUGGUUCUCAAGGACAUAGGACGUUGAUCCAAACUUUCAGAGGUCAGUCCUGGGGUUUGUGAAGAGUUGGAACUGACCUUGAAUAAGUCUUACAACUUUUGCCUUCAUCCUAUCACAAAAUGAGCAAAUGAAAAUUCUCUCCGGUUCCUUUCACCUCUUUGGAUCUGCUUAUGCAGUUGGGGGCUAAAAUAAUUCACUGAGACUCCUCUCUUUGUUCCCCUGCCAGUCCUGGGUUUACUCAGUGACUUUGUGAAUGUAAAUAAGGGGCAGGUCUUGGCCCCAGAGGAUUGAAAUGUUUUUCUAUAUAUUAGAACUAUUUUUGGAUAAAUUAUAUAUUUUCCUUCCUAGUUGAAGUGUUACUGCCUGUAUAUGACUAGUUGAAAAUACAAAUGCAGUCCACACAUUUUUGGUCACUACAAUGGCAGCUCUCAGGAUUUCAGUGGGCUGUUGCCCAGAAAGUGGACAUCACCUCUGCUCUCAAGGCUUCAUCAGAGGGCUGAGCCGAGAAUUUUCUGGAACAUCUGUGAUUUCCAUCACACAGGGCCUCAGAGUAAGAGUGAGGUAGUAACAACACGAGACAGCACCCUUACCUUCCCUCGUCCCUUAACCCUUAUUUAAGCUGUGGUAAACGUUUUCUCCAUGGGAACCAGAUUUGGUUCUUUAUACAGAUUUUUUUUCCAGUGAAAUAAAACAUGUUGUAGUAACUGUGUUUGAAAUAAAGUAAGAGGUUGUGGGUAGAGGUGAGGCACAAAGAGAAACAGGAGAAAGGCUCCUGGCCUAGCUGCCUCUGGCUGACCCAGAGUAGAUUGUACUGUUUGGGCUUGUGUUACUAGGACUUGUCCUGACAUUCUCUUGUGUGUGGGGACAAGCAGGAUGGUUGUGCAGUCAUUUAGAGGCUGAUGAAGUAGACCCAUCAGCAAGGAAUUGUGAGGAGAUUAAAUACCUGUUUCUCUGACCCCCAGAAUCAUAAAUUCAAGCAGAUUUUACUACACUUCCCUCCUGCCUUUCUGCUUUGUAUAGCUUAAUAGGACUACUUGCCCAUUCUUGACAUUUUGUUUCACGGUUUUACUUUUAUUUAAAAUACCUUUUUUCCUACUUAUCUGACUUACAGAACUAAAUUUUUCCCUUCUUGUUUUCCUCUUCAUGUCCUAUUCCAUUCAAUAUAUAUCCAUUUUUGUUUUAAAAAU